UGUGGCGAUGGAUGACAUGAAGCCUUGAAAAGUUAAAUUAAAACAUUUACUGACUUUAUAUUUAAAUCAAUGGGCAAUCCUAAUGUGUCGUUGCUGUCGGACUUCCCACAUUCACAUUAACGGAAGAACACUUUUUGCCACUAGGCAUGGCUAUUGGCUAAAUUAGCCUGCUUUAGCCGUAAAGCUAGCAUGACAAAUGUUUGUUACGUUAGCAUGAGAGGAGGAGUGAGCUGUGACUUGAAGGAAGGAAGGGAACUGAUAAGUGGGUUCACUGCGCACCAUUGCAUAUGAAGAGCUAGCACACUUUUGGACUCCCAACUUCACACUGUGACGCAUUUAGAGAAGGUGACUAAAUCUGAGCACCCAAUGUGAUAUUUGACACUUUUUGGCUUUUCAGAUAUGCUGUUAGUUAGCAUAGCUAUGUGUUAGCGACACGGCUUUUGGCUAGCAGUACUGCAGGCGAGCGCUAGUCCACUAGCUUCAAACUUCUGAAGCAAUUGUGUAAGUCCGAUUUAGCUAGCUGAACAAUUUAGGAAACCAGUUGACCAUUUUUAAAAGAGCUCUGUCACUAAUUCGCUCCAGCAACAGGGUGAGCGGAGAAUAAAGUUAUGGCAUCGGAUGUGGUAGGAAGUGAAGCGGUUUUGGAGGGUGUAGGUGAAAGUAAUUUGAACAAUAGCAGCGAAGAUUUUGUCACACCCAGCAGGAAUCGUGAAACAUUGGAAAACAGACAGGCUUCUAGUCCCUCAUCUUCCGGAGUGUCGGGAGAAGGUGAUGACGAGGAUUUAAACGAACUUCAGAUCAGCACAGCUUCUACAGUCGAAAAUGGCGAAGAGGCAUUUGAAGAAAGUCCAACCAAAACAAGAAGUAUGCCUCCAGGAAGGACAACUCCAGACAACGUGCAGAAGCCGUCGGGUGGAAGAAGCUCUACCCCUGUCAGCCUCCCACAGCCACAUUCCCCACCUGGACCCAUUGGAAGCCUAGAGCGGCAAGAGUCAGUAGCCACAACAGAAGCCCGUUUGAGAAUGGAAGGAGUUGAACUUAAGGAAGAGUGGCAAGAUGAGGAUUUUCCACGGCCCCUCCCAGAAGAAGAGGAGCUUGAUGAUGAUCUUUUUGCUGGAACCACUGAGGGGGGAGAACCUGACUAUGCGAUGAACCAUGGCAAGAGGGUGAAGAAAAAACUUGCUGCACCUGAAAUUAGUCUUACACUUGACCGAAGUGAAGGUUCUGUUUUCUCUGAUGAGCUGGAGGAAAGUACAGAGCUGGAUCUUGAUGACAUGGACACACCCUCUGACAGCAAUGAGUUUGAAUGGGAAGAUGAUCUUCCUAAGCCAAAAACUACAGAACUACUGCAAAAAGGCGUGGAGUCAGUUCAGGAAUAUUCAGCUGCAGAGGAGAGGGAUGAAGGUCGACGCUGGAGGGUGUUUCAUAUUGGAGAUCAGGAUCACAGAGUGGAUAUGAAGGCCAUUGAACCUUACAAGAGAGUUAUCAGCCAUGGAGGUUACUAUGGAGAUGGUUUGAAUGCCAUAAUUGUGUUUGCUGUGUGCUUUAUGCCUGAGAGCAGUCAACCAAAUUACAGAUACAUCAUGGACAAUUUAUUCAAGUACGUCAUUGGCACACUGGAGCUCUUGGUUGCUGAGAACUAUAUGAUUGUGUAUUUAAAUGGGGCAACUUCUCGGAAAAAGAUGCCAACUGUUGGUUGGCUCAGAAGGUGUUAUCAGCAGAUUGAUAGGAGGUUACGGAAGAACUUAAAGUCUUUAAUAAUUGUUCACCCUUCUUGGUUUAUUCGCACCCUGCUGGCACUUACAAAACCUUUCAUAAGCUCCAAAUUUAGUCAGAAAAUCAAGUAUGUGUUCAGCUUGACAGACCUUGCCGAACUUGUUCCAAUGGAGUAUGUAUCCAUACCAGAUUGUAUCAAACAGUUUGACGCCGAAAAAAAUAGGAAAAGCCAUAAAAGGUACAUGCACUUUCACCAAGGGAUCGACCAGGAAAUGCACGGCAAAGUGGAGGUUGCAGCUGCUGCUGUUCCAGAGUGACACAUUCACUGCACGACUUGGAAAAGAACAAUGUCAAAUGUUUAGAACUGCAAGCAACUCUUCUGUUCACGUGGGCCGAUGUGACUGGAGACUGUUGCAUCUGGAAAGUGCCUUUUUGAAACUAUGCUACCUGUUACAUAGUCAAACUUUUUGCUGUAUGUUUUUUCCAAACAGCUUAAUCCACAGUAUUCUUUCCACAUGCUGUCUGAAAUGUUUUUAAUCCUUUUUAUUUACUCCUGAAUAUCAUGUCAGACUUGGCUUAUUGGUGUACCUUAGUUACUGUUGUAUCUACACUUUAUUUAACGCACUCCGUUAUAAGUGGUCGAUGCAUGUUUUGCUUUAUUACAUUUAAAUAUAUAUAUAUUUAUAUUCAAAAGGUGUCAAAGGAGAUAAUAUAUUUUUAUGAUCUGAUUUUAAACUGCAUUUUAGGUGUCUGAUCCACUGAGUAUCAUUUCACAGAAAGUCUUGAUGGCACUAUUUUCACUGUUCACUGCUGAUGUUUUCUGGUGCAAUCCUGCCUGGGGGAAAUAAAAGCUUUAUUUUGUUGUCCCUCACUUGAAUUUGCCCUCCGACUGAUUGCGACUCAUCAUUCUUGAAAGCAUUCUGAAUCUAAAGAUGUAGGUCUUGUCAUUCCAAGUAAAGCCGUGUAUCCACA